AUGUUGUCAGACGUGUAUGAUUCCGACGAUGCCUUGAAUCGCUCUCCGGUCCUCAAACCGGCUGUGAUCAACUAUGGCCCUGUUGAAACCAUUCCCCCGUUCCAGCACAAGCGGUCUCCCUCGGGAGAAGGGAAAAGGGAUGGAUCAUCAAGCCCAGACAGCUCAGAAGGCCGUUCGCGUAAGCAUCAUCGAAUACAUAAAGAAAUACGGCCUACCCUAGGAGAUUCUGUCCUGAUCGGCAUUCUAGACCCUAAUAGACCAGACAUUGCUAGGCAAGCUGGAGAAAACCCGCUCAGGAGCGAUUCAGAAUCAGAUGAUGACAGUAGGCGUCGCGUGAAGGUUUCUUCCCAGCCUAAUGUAACAGCUAGUGAAGUUGCCAGCCAUGCCUUGAAUAUAAUGCCCCCACAACAGCCACGACCCAAUACUAUUUUACCCUCGAUCAAUGAACUCGUAUCCCACGAGCUACAUUUUUCACAAAACUCUUUCCAACGGCGGCCUUCGGAGAGGCUUAUUUCAGAUCAAGACAGUUUGGCAGCGUCCAGAGUAGGGAAAUAUGCCAUUUCUCCAUCAAGUAUGCCGGCUCAAGAAAUUCUUCCUGCCCUCCAAUCACCACCUCACUCGGCCGCUGGAUCGCCGGAGAACUCACAAAUUUUACCAUCAAUGAAUACAGUCCUGAGGGAUCUCAGCUCCGUUGCGCCCAGUCCAUUUAGUGUUUCCGCUGCAUCUCCGCCUAUUAUGCCGGCUUCAGUACGACAACGACAAAUGUCGGGCCCAUUACCGCCACCAAGUCUAACACCCAGUCAGAUGCCAACUCCGUAUUCUCACUCAUCUCCAACGAGUAUGAAGGAUAUGACUGGUGUGUCGCCUGCUCCACAUUCGCAAUAUGCCUAUAGACCACCUGGAUUGAAAUCUGAAAUGUCCAACAUGAGUUUUCUCUCUGAAUCAACGCCAAUGGCCGCUCCUGCAGGCAAGAGCCCUAUCAAUAGCUAUCCCACGCCUACCGAGACAAAACCGACAGAAGAAGGCUCAGAGGUAGCAGUUGCUGGCGGCAAUGUGUAUAAAUGCCAGUAUCCUGGUUGCACGGCAGCUGCAUUCCAAACCCAAUACCUUUUGAACUCUCAUGCCAAUGUCCAUUCACAAGACCGACCACACUACUGUCCAGUUCCUGGUUGUCCCCGUGGAGUCAGUGGUAAAGGAUUCAAAAGGAAAAAUGAGAUGAUUCGCCAUGGUCUUGUGCAUGAUUCUCCAGGUUAUGUGUGUCCGUUUUGCACGGAUCAGCAACAUAAAUAUCCUCGCCCGGACAACCUGCAACGGCAUGUCAAAGCCCAUCAUUUGGAUAAAGACAAGGAUGACCCGGAGCUGCGGAUGGUGCUCGCCCAGAGACCAAAAGGAAGUGGACGCGGACGUCGACGACGGGGUCAUACGUGA